GGUUAUAAUACUUGUUAGAUAAAAAAAAAAAUAUCAGAUUUAUUUCAAUUAACAAAAACAUGUUUAAUAGUUUUAGUUAAUGAUAACAACCCUGAACAUUAGGAUGUAUUUUAACAAAUAUAAAAGCAGAUAUUAUGAACUGAUAAAACAGCAUCUGGCACAUGGAGAAUGUAAGGCCUCAUCAUUCACAUUGAGAGGUUGACGGACGAGUAAUAAUCAUAUCAGCCAAACCCCUUUAUGUGUCAUGGAGGUCCUGCAGUAAUCUCAUUAGUAAAGCGGUUACAUAACGUCUGAUCCUACGUUGUAGUCAGAGAUCAGCCUCAUUAAGAUCACUGACGAUCAUGUCUAAAAGGUUUUCUUCUGACCUCCUGUAUGACUGUAUCCCACCAGAUCAAACAUGACAAUAUCUCCCACGAGUGUUUCAAAAGAAUCAGUGGUGCACAUGUUUGCUGGUCAUUCACCCUCCUUUGCUUUCGGCUCUUGGCUUUUGUUCUUCACAGGCAUCGUCUAGGACAGCGGAGAGGAUUAAGGUAACUAAAUAAAGCUGGCAGAUUAGGAAACAUGAUACUAGCAUGUUCUCUUUAACUCUGACAGAGUCCUGGACGGAGAGAGCUGAAGACUUCCCUGGAGACAGGAAGACUAUCCAGGAGAAACCACAUCAAGGCUUUUUAUUCAUGCAGUUACAGAACAGGACAGAUAAAUUGAAUGCCAGGCAUAUGUGACCUUAACAAGAACCUAACUUUUUUAUUUAUAAAAGAAGCUAAAUAUUAUCGUUCAUUCUUUGGAACAUAAAACUUAAAAGAUAUGAACGUGUGGACAUAUUCGUUGACUUCUAAUCUUAUAAAAAAGAAAAGCAGCCAUGCAUUGGCCUACUACAAGAGCACAGCGCCUUGAGCAGUUGAAAAAUGCCUGCAAAGGCAAGUCAGGUGUUGCCACAGGUGCAUCGGCACAACAUUUACACUGUGACGGACAGCUCGGAAUGUGGGUCAGAGACGGAAGAGGAUGGAGACCCUUCCAAGCACCCGACACCACUGGAAAAGUUAACGCUGGAAAUGUGCAAUGACGAAGAUACCAUAAAAGAACUGACGGUGGGCAGAAGGGUGGGAUUCUAUAAAGUCCGUGGUCAGAUCGGCUGUGGCAACUUUUCGAAGGUCAAACUGGCCAUCCAUGCACUCACCAAAGACAAGGUGGCCAUUAAGAUCAUGGAUAAGAUGAGGCUCGAUCUGCAGACUCAGCGGAUGCUGUCCCGAGAGAUCUCCAACAUGGAGAGCUUGUAUCAUCCAAACUUACUGCAACUCUAUGAGGUGUUAGAGACGCCAAGUCGGUUGUACCUGGUUCUAGAGUUCGCUGGAGGAGGAGACCUCCACACCAGAAUCAGCACAGGAGGAAAACUUUCUGACCAAGAGAGCAAGAUUGUAUUCGCCCAAAUCCUGUCAGCAGUCAAAUACAUGCAUGAGAACAACAUCAUCCAUCGAGAUCUGAAGGCAGAAAAUGUUCUUUAUACAACCAAUUCCUGCAUAAAAGUGGCUGAUUUUGGCUUCAGCAAGAGGGUCAACAAUCGCAACCAAACCCUAGACACCUUUUGUGGUUCUCCUCCUUAUGCAGCUCCAGAACUCUUCAAAGAUGAGUCUUACAUCGGGCCACCUGUGGAUGUGUGGGCAAUGGGCAUCCUACUUUUUUUCAUGGUGACUGGCACAUUGCCUUUCCGCGCUGAGACUGUGGCUAAGUUGCGCCAAAGUGUGCUGGAGGGUGCCUACGUCCUGCCAACCUGGGUAUCAGCUCCAUGUCAGAGGCUGAUCAGGGGCAUCUUGAAGCCAGAGCCUUUGGAGCGAUGUGCACUGGACCAGAUGCUGGGCUGCGAGUGGCUGCUGCCGGUGGAACUCUUCCGGCCUAUUCCUCCCUUAUACCAGCUCAACCCCGUCCAUCUAAUAGAGGCCAGCCCAGCGGAGUUAGACAGAGACCUGAAAGAGGUAAAAGGAAUCCUGGAAAAACUGGGAGUCACUCAGGAACAUAUUCUCAAUAACCAAGGAAAGCGCAUCCGCAGUCCUUUUACAGGGGUUUACCGCAUACUACUGCACAGAGUUAAAAGAAACAAUGGAGCUGAGUCUGUGCCUAUAAUCAGUGGAGUCGUCAAAGAUCCUAAAAGAGACAGUCUCCGUGCCUAUAGGAACCUACGGCACUCCUCGAAAUUGUGUGUGCUCUCUUAAAGGCUAAGUUCAUCCCUUUUAUUCAGUCUUUUUAUCCAUACUACAAUGAAAGUCAAUAGGGUCCAAAACAAUACCGGAGCCCAUUGACUUUAAUUGUAUAUGUUCAAUAUGGCAUUUCAAAAUAUCUUCUUAUUGUGUUUCACAGAAUAGAGAAGGUACAUAUUUUGGACAGGAAGAGGGUUAAUACGUGAAGAAAGUUUUCAUAUCUGGGCAAAUAAACCAUGUAAUCAGCCUAAUACUGUUGGAGUUGUGGCAUUUUACUAUGAAUAGACCAAAUCAAUGAGAAACUAUGUUAAUUCUUAUUAAAUUAAACAGUACUUUUAAAAAAGUUUCCUUUCAGUAACUACUUGCAUAAAUUUUAACUUAAUUGUCAGUGGCUUAACUUAUAAUGUUUAUGUUUCAG